GUUGCGGACUUCAGCGGUGACGGCGAAGCGGAGCGUUGUUUUCUGAGUAAUCGGGGGCGUGGUGACUGCUGAGGGCUGUCAUCUGAAGUCGUACACACGGUAUAUAGAGAACUAUACUGGUCGUACCUUUAUUUCUAAUGCUGUUAAAUUCACUCAAGGGUGGUUCAUAAGGAGGAAAGCCAUUUGCUUCUGCCAUUGGUAAGCGAUUCAUUAUCUCAAUCGUCCAACCAUGUCUCUCAAAACGAUUGUGGGUCAGAAGAUCAUGGACAUUGUCAUCAAGUCACAAAAGAAAGGCUCGACACCCGACUGGCGCGUCCUGGUGGUUGACGAGCUGAGCAUGAGGAUGAUCUCAGCAUGCACCAAGAUGCACGACCUGGCACAGGAGGGCAUCACAAUUGUUGAGGACAUCUUCAAGAAGCGGGAGCCACUGCAGCAUCUGGAGGCCGUCUACCUGGUACAACCCACCGAGAAAUCCAUCAAUGGCAUUAUCAACGACUUUGGCAUCCCAACGCGGACCAUGUACCGCGCUGCGCACAUCUUCUUCACGGAGGCGUGUCCUGACGAGUGCUUCAACAUGCUGGUCAAUGCCAACGUCUCCAAGUAUGUGAAGGCGCUGAAGGAGAUCAACAUCGCGUUCCUGCCGCAGGAGUCGCAGGUGUUCUCUCUGGACUGUGAGGAGACGUUCCCGGUGUUUUACGGGCCGUCGCGCGCGCCGAGCCGGCCCCAGACCAUGGAGCGGAUGGCGCAGCAGCUGGCCACCCUCUGCGCCGUCCUGGGCGAGUACCCGAACGUGCGCUACCGCAGCGACUUCGACUACAACGUCGAGCUGGCGCAGAUGGUGCAGCAGAAGCUGGACGCCUACAAGGCCGACGAGCCGACCAUGGGAGAGUCUCCGGAGAAGGCGCGCUCCCAGCUGCUGAUCCUGGACCGCGGCUUCGACGCCGUGUCGCCGCUGCUGCACGAGCUCACCCUGCAGGCCAUGGCCUUUGACCUGCUGCCCAUUGAGAACGACGUCUACAAGUACGAGGCCAGCCAGGGCGAGAGUCCCAAGGAGGUGCUGCUGGACGACAAUGACGAUCUGUGGGUGGAGCUGCGACACCAGCACAUCGCCAUCGUAUCGCAGCAGGUGACCAAGAACAUGAAGAAGUUCAUUGAGAACAAGCGCGGCAUGUCGACGGACAAGGCGUCGAUGCGCGACCUUAGUCAGAUGAUCAAGAAGAUGCCCCAGUACCAGAAGGAGCUGAGCAAGUACUCGACCCACCUUCACCUGGCCGGAGAGUGCAUGGCCUCCUACCAGGGAUACGUCGACAAACUCUGCAAGGUGGAGCAGGACCUGGCCAUGGGUACUGACGCCGAGGGUGAGAAGAUCCGCGACCACAUGCGCAAUAUCGUGCCCAUCCUGCUGGAUCAGAACGUUACCACGUACGACAAGAUCAGGAUCAUCCUGCUCUACAUCCUGGUGAAGAACGGCAUCAGUGAGGAGAACCUCAACAAGCUGAUCCAGCACGCGCAGAUCCCUGCCGAGGACCGCAGUAUCAUCACCAACCUGGCCAAUCUCGGCCUCAACGUGGUGGUCGACGGAAACAGGAAGAAAAUCCACACGAUGGCGCGCAAGGAGCGGAUCACCGAGCACACCUACCAGAUGUCGCGCUGGACGCCCGUCAUCAAAGACAUCAUGGAGGACGCCAUCGACCUGAAACUGGACGAGAAGCACUUCCCGUUCCUGGCGGGGCGCGCGGCCACGGCCGGCUACCCGCGCGCCACGCCCACCACGGCCCGCUACGGCCACUGGCACAAGGACAAGGGCGCGCAGAACGUCAAGAACGUCCCCCGCCUCAUCGUCUACGUUCUGGGCGGCCUGUCCUACAGCGAGAUCCGCAGCGCCUAUGAGGUAACCAACGCCCUGAAGAACUGGGAAGUGGUGAUCGGCAGCGACCAGCUCAUCACGCCUGGACAGUUCCUCAAGAACCUCUCCAAGCUGGGCGGCGGGCCGGCGUAGGUACGCCUCGAGCCACCAGAAGCCGCCUCCGCCGCCCCCGCCGACCGGUGAGGAGGGCACUGGGAGGCGGCGGCGCCCGACCGCGGCGUCUCGGGCGGGGUGGGAUGUGAGGACUCCGCUGUAGACGGGGAAGAUGGGGGCUCUGCGGGCGCCGGCGGUAGCGCGUCCGAACUCGCCGCUAGUGCUUGUCCACCCUGAGUUUGCAGUGUGAUCGGCCCCUAACGGCACAUACCGUUGUGAGUCGACCUCUAGAGCUGAGAGCAUAGCUGCUUCGUGAGGCCGGGUUGAGUUGAAGGGCGACCGGGUAGAGUUUGGCGUUUGCGCGAUUCAGUCAGUUGGGUGAUAUUUCAGCACCGGUUUUCGUUGUUCUUUGUCACGUCCUUCCGUCGCUUGUUGAGGUUGAUACGUCUUGCCGCAGAGCGCUGGUAGUGGUAUUACUAGUCAGGAGAGCGUCAGCGCCUAGCAGCAACUUCAGGCCUUCAGCCACGGUGUCGUUAGGCCUCUGCUCGUUAGGCCUCUGUUCGUUAGGCCUCGCGGGUUAGGCCUCGUGGUUGCGGCUGAGGCCUGAGCUAGUGACUCUAGUUGGCAGGUUGCGUCUGUCUGCCCCGUUUCACGCGUCAUAUCCCGGGGGUCCGAUGGGGUUACAGUUGAAGGGGUUACGUACCAGCGUCCGCUUGAGUCCCUUUAGAACGACUGCGGUGGUAGUGCCGCCUCGCUGCGAAAUUUACCGAAGAGUGUUCGCGCCGGGGACAUUGAGGGGUCAUUCACGCUGGUGGUCGCGGGAUGGCGACGCCGGCGGACAAUGCGUCAGUGACCGAGAGGUGUCAUUCCUGGUACGACCAGCUCGUCACCGUAUUAUAUCAAACAACCCUCCUAAGGUCCGGUAAGGGUUGGAUGUCGGCUAGGCUAGAGCGCAGUUCUCCGUAAAGUCCCGGCCCGGAUCGCGUCACUAUCCAAAUAUCUAGGUUAUCUAUAUCGGGAAUCUCGAGUAUUGUCCGUUAAUUGCGGUGCUUGUUAUUGUAAACUGCAGCCACGUUUGCUAUCCGUAUGCACAUCUGAUACGGAAGCUGUGCAUAAUAUUGAUUCCUUAGGUGGUCAAUCCUAGUUGAUUAAUUCCGGUGGAAUAAUUUCCUAUGAUUUUGUGGCACUCACUGUCGUGGCUGUCAAUUGGCGAAUGUUAUUUCGAGACAGCUUUAGUUUAUGUGAUAAUAUGGUGUGGUAAUGGUGGUGGUGGAAUCUGCUGCUGUUUUAUGUCGAUCAAUGAGCUAUUCUUUGGGAGGUGAUUAUCUGUCCUUGUGGCGUUUUGUUUAUACGGCUUGCCGUCGUCACACAAGAACCGUAAAAUAGUAUUAUUAUGUGUUGGAGCUAUAUUUCGUUGACUGUACCUAUGAUUUUAUUUAUUGUGUAUUUGCGUGGCACGACUGAUCGUAAGGUACAGGACAUUCCCCGUCGCCAUGUUGCCGGCCUCUGCGCGCUGCCCGAUCAUUCCGCGGCCUCUGACCUCGGCUCUAUAUGGUUAUCUGACCGUCUAGUCGCUCGCUUCAGUCCAUCUUUCGCACCCAUCUCUCGCUAAAACUUAAAGUCAUAGGUGUGCUUGGCUCUACCUCUACCAAAUAGGCGCGUCGUGUACGGCGUUUUCGGCCCUGUUCUGCCUUUGCCAGCAUCGAUGUAUUUCAUCUAUCCCGCUUUCCCCCCUUAUAGCGAAUUGUCUGGUCCAAUCUCUGCCGCGCUUGUCCCAACUUUUCCAUUUUGCCUCGUAUGCCUCAUCCUAACGACCGGCUGCAUCUCCUACAGUCUGUUCGAUAUCCGGACAUUUCGGUAUCAGCGUUUCCCGUACGAGCCAGCUGUAGCAUAAUCGCGCCUGCGGUCCUGCAGCGUCCCUUCGGCUUUAUACGCCCGGUAGGCACCCGUUUGUCGCAAUAACGCGGACCUUUGUGUUCGUGGGACGCUGCCGCGGUUCGCUGCUGGUUUCCGCACUCUGUGCCUAGUCUCCCUAUCUUUCCCGACCAGCCGGAGAGCCAUUCUGGGUAUUCCGGUGGAGUCUUAGCUUCGGAUCGGCGCGGCGAUACGAUUGGCGGCGCAGCGGGGACGAGAAGUGGCGCGUGGAGGCAGUUAGCGGCGUGUAGUGACGCAGGCAGACGGGCGGCGGCGCGGCGAGGUCGCGGAGUGUUACCGUUUACAGAGGUUUGUCUUGUGCGCUACGUAACGGUAGUUGAUGACCCAUGGCGGGCCAAUCGGAUAGAAAUAAAGUCACUGCAUUA